AUGAACCAGCCAUCGCAUACGAAUCAUUUACAACUUAUAGAAUUGUAUCCAAAGGAUGUCACAAGUCCAGAGGAUGAAGAAUUGUAUGGUUUUAAUUCCAAAGUUUCAAAUUCAAAAUUCCAAAAUUCUUCUCUUCUUGAAGAAAAUGGAAUCAAAGAAUUGCAAUCUAAAGCACCACUUAAUUCCAAUUCAAAUGCUAUGCUUUAUUAUGAUUACAAUGUGUUUUUAGACACAAAUCUUCAACUUCAUUCUUCGAUUAAUGAAUCUCAAAAAGUAUUCGCGCUUAGUGAUGUUAAUGCAAUUUUCGAGCAAACAAAAGAUCCAGAAAGAUCAGUUAUCAUAAUAAAUAAAAUAAUUCAGAAUUUAAAAUCAAUGAAUAUGAUACUUGAAACGGAGUGUGCAGAAUACUUAAUGUCCAAGUACUAUCCUUUCAUUGAAGGAUAUAAAUAUUUUGGCACAGAAUAUCAUUUGACGUGUCUCCAAUUGGUUUUGAAUGUUCUCAAUAACUUUUCAUUCCAUGAAUAUAAAUACCAAAGCUAUUCAUUUCGGCUUACGCUCUACUUCUUAAUGAAACUCCGUUCACAAAGUCCAGAUAAUUUCAUUGUUUUCCGUGAGUUUGCCUUUUUGUACUCGCAUAUCUUACCUUAUAUGAUAGAAGACCUAUUUAGGAAGGUAACACUCGAAUUUGCGCUCACUUUUUGCCCAUCAAGUCCUUUAUUUGAUUUAGCUGUUAAUUUAGUCAAGAACUGUCAUAUACACAACUUUGAUGAGUUAGAAUUUACCAAACUUCUGCUCAAACUCGACAAUCCUUUAUCACAAGGAAUUUUUAAUUUACUUGAGUAUUCUUUAGCUUCGAAUUGCGCAAAUUCACAUAUUGAACUUGUGAAAUUUUUGCUAUAUAUUGCCUGCACAAAGCCAAUAUGGAGCAGAACAGCAAUAGAUCUCUUGAUGAAAUGUCAUCUUGAAAUUGAUGAUGAUUCAAGGAAAUUUGUCAAGAUUUUUAUACGCAGAGCUUUCCAAUGGACCGCUAUCUCCUCUAAAAAGAAAGAUCAUGCAACCAGACGAAUAAUUGUUAUGGAAUUGAUGCAAAAGCUAAGAAACUUCAUAUCUUUCCAUAACAUAGUUGAUAAAUAUGCUUCCACAUUACUAAUGAGCGAAUCAAAAGAUUUUUAUCUGGAAAUUAAAUAUGUUUUUCCAGAAAUCAGCGGAUCGUUCGACCAAGCAUUCCUUGAUGAACUUUCUAUUUUAGAAUUAUGCCCAGAUUAUAACUCUCUCAUUAUCAAACCGAAGAAACACUUAACUCUUGAACAAUCACGUAAUCUAAUAUUGAGAAAUGAAAAAGAUCUCACCAGUAAUGAGAGUGAUAUUAGAUUCUUUGAUCCAUAUGAUGAAGGUUCUUUCGGAUCACUUUUUCAUAAUAAUAGUCCUGGAUUUUCAGUUCCGCUCUUUUAUAUUACGAUUUCAAUUCUAAUAAUACUAGUUUUUGUAUCACUAACUAAUUGA